AUGCACAUGAUCAAAUGACUGAGUUGACGAUCAAUAAUAAAAAAUAAUUGAACUUGAAUGACCGGCGUAAGAUUUGGACCCAAAGCCAAGGCCCAAGAAUAAGAUACGUUUGAAUACUUCAUCAGUGACCAUUGACCAGUGAAUAUUAUUGUUACCGAACUCAAAUUAUAAAAGUCGGACGGAAUAAUCAGUGAAAAUUGACAAAAGAAAAUAGAGAAAAAAAAUGGCGUUAAAUAAUAAUGAAGUGAGUGAACCGUGCAUCGCGGAAUUUUAUGCGGGAAAGAGUGUUUUUAUCACAGGUGGUACUGGAUUUCUUGGCACUGUACUUAUUGAAGCGUUAUUGACAUCGACACCAAAAAUUGGAACGAUUUAUCUACUUAUACGCGAUAAAUAUGGCUCAGACACACGCGAACGAAUCAAGCGAUUAUUAUCAAAACAGAUUUUCCAAUCGCAUUCCGCCGAAACAUUGAAAAAAGUUGUACCGGUUGUUGGUGUGAUGGAUGCCGAAAAUAUGGGUUUCAGUGAUGAAAUAUUAAAGGAAUUACGUGAAAAUGUGAAUAUAAUCUUUCAUGUUGCUGCCACAAUUAAAUUCAAUACGCAUUUACGUGAAGCGAUUCGAACAAAUUUAACGGGCACAAUGCGUUGCAUUGAAUUCGGAAAAAGUUUAAAAAAAUUGGACGCAUUUGUGCAUUUAUCGACGGCAUUUUGUAAUAGUAACUAUGGUGGUUUAUUAGAAGAAAAAGUUUAUGCACCCGCUCAAGAUCCAUACGAUAUGCUGAAAAUGGCCGAAAACAAUGAGGCUUGGAAUGAUAUUAAAGCACGCGCAGAUUGGUUGCACAUAACAAAAGAUCAUCCAAACACAUAUACAUUUACGAAACAAUUGGCGGAAAAUUUAGUAAUGAAAGAGUUGGCUGGUUUCCCUGCUGCCAUUGUACGACCUUCGAUCGUUUAUGGAACGUAUGAGUAUCCCGUUGAAGGUUGGGUUGGCAACGCAAGCAGCGGUCAUCUUGGAUUUUUCGCCGGCUAUUACAAAGGUUUAUUCCGUACAAUUUAUGGUAAUUCACAAUCAAAGAUCGAUCUUAUACCGGUCGAUUACACUAUAAAUGCUUCACUUGUGCUGGGCUGGUAUGUUGGAACACGAAAAUUAGAGUUGCCCGAAGUAGUUCAUUCGACAUCGGGCGAUGUGAAUCCAAUCACAUUGGGAGAGUACACAGACAUUAUAAAUGAUCGAGUUCGUGUACAUCCCAGUCAAACAAUGGUAUGGAUUCCAAGCGCUAAAAUUCGUAAUGGUCUACGGUAUACCGUGUACUUUUAUUUAUUCCAAAUUUUACCGACGAUGCUUUGGUACUGGCCAGAAAAAUUAUUGGGCCUUGGCAUCAAACACCACACGAGUUUGGAAUUCAUGCGUAUUUUCAACAAAGGUAUAAAAGCAUUCCACUUUUUCUUGAAUAAAAACUUCCAAUAUUCGACGAAGAAUGCGAUGCGCAUUGGAACACUGAUGCAUCCUAAAGACAUGGACAGAUAUAAGUUUGACGCAAGUGAUAUCGAUUGGAGUGAAAUGAUUGAACGCAACUUCUCUGGUGUACGACGGUACUAUUUCAGAGAAAAAGGCGAAACAUCGUUAAAACAUGCCAUCAUUUACGCAAUAUUCAAAACUUUGCAAUACAUUGGACUAGCAAUAAUGAUUUGGUGGUCAUACAAAUUGUGCACCGGAAUUAAUUGGAUGUUUGGUUUGGAUCUUUCAUCACCGGUGUUGCUCAGUCUAGGCUUGUUGCUUGGAAGCUUUUUGAUUUGGUUAUAAGUUCUCUUGUUAGUUGAUAAAAUAUGUUUUUCCGUUUUUUUAUCACUUUUUGUUUACUUUAACACACGGCUCAGACACGGAUCAUUUUCGAGCACAUCUUCCACUUUUGUGAAAUGUUUGAGAAGAAGAUCGCAUUCUUUUUUUUGUAUGAUGUUUUGCGUCUGAUCGAUGAAUGCAAUCGAAAUCAAUUUUUGAUUUUUUUGAAUCACACAGACAAUGAUCAUUCUCUUAAAGCAAUUCAUAAUGGCGGAAAUUGGAAUUGAGAAUUUUUUUUCGUGACAAGCAGCUUAAAUCUAGGCUUUAAUUAAGUAUUUUUGUUUUUUAUCUAAAACAAAUAGUUAUUUCGUUUCGCAAUUGGUACUUUACGUAUUCCAAACAAAAAUCGAAAAAUUAACAAUCAGGAAUGCAUCAGUUUAUAUUGAUCAAAUUUGUCUUUAUUAUUUUUGAUAGAUAUAGUAAUUAAAUGCGAUCGCAUUUUGAUGACAAUUUCAAAACUAG